GUGUAAAUUUGCCAGAUGAGACUGGUAGCAUGGUUGCUAAUGACUGAAACAUAAAAGGAGGGGGCACUUGCCGGUCUUGACUGACACGCCAACACACUGGUAAAGCAUUCUGGGAUUUGUAAUAUUAGUGCCGCAUGCGCUAUAUACUGGCAGUCCAGCUCCAAUACACGUGAUAUGGUCUCACGGGCCAAAUAUAAUUACAUCCAAAUCUGGCCCCCGGUCCCAAGUUUGACCUCUGUGGUCAAUAUGUACCCUGUGAUUGGCUGCUGAACAGCCCAGUGUGAACACUCCUCUCACCCAGUCACCUGCGACAAUAUAAAAUGCAUGGACGGAUGGAUGGGUGUUCCUUUGUAUCCUGGAGGUGGUGAAUGUGAGCAGAACAAGAUAGUUGACAACUGCCAAAUAACUAAAGGGGAAGAAGCCAUGGCUGCAUAACAUGACCUCAGUUGGCCACUACUUUGUAAAAAUAAUAACAGGCAAGCCAAUGUCAACCUAACGCACAGUCUGAAUGUUCACAAUUCAUGUUAGAAUUGACAGAAAACAUAAUACAAAAGCUUUUUCAAAGUUAAAGCUGCAGAGUUGUGAUUUCUAGUCUAUGGGGAGAAACACUUAAAGAGUACAACUGUGAUGUCACAUGUACUUUACUGCAUCAUUUUGUAGCCACUCUGUCCCGAUAUAGCACUCCUUCAGACCUGAGUGUGUUUGCGUGGACACUAAUAUUGUCUAUACUCUCUGUGGAAAGGUUGCCAAGCUUUGGAUAAGAAUACAGAUAAAGACAGGAGAUGGGGUUGUAAAGCACAUACACAAACCAACAUACUCACACACAGAUAACAUAAGCAGUUCGACCUUCACUCCAGCAUGUGUUUUAGUCUCCCUCUCCUCCUGCUGCUGAAAUACUGAUGCUUAUCUACUUUACAGAAGAUAACUUGGAGCACACAGGGGAGAAGAGAAUGGGGAGAGUGAUAGAGAAUACGAUGACGAGAUGUGAAAUGAUGAGACAAGUUGUAUCUGUAGGAGAAAUAGGCAAGCAAAAAUGUGAGUGGUCUGAAUAAUAGAUACCAUGCCCAAAUAAUAGACAGCAAGGUAGGCAUAGUGAAUUUGCUUGAGUAUGUCCUACAUUUGUCUAUUUUCUAAAUUUGAGCAAAACAUGUCAGUUAUCCCAUAAAGUUUAACAUCACAAAAUCUGUGCUUACUUGCUGUAUGGGCAAACUAUGCCCCGCGGGCCAAAUCCGGCCCAUUGAUCAUGUCAAUCCGGCCCGCCAAAGAUUGGUACAGAAUCGCCAAAAUCAUGACUACAUUCAUUUGACCUUGUCCUGUAAUGCCCAGUGGUUCCACCAGGUUGUCCUGUAAUGCCCAGUGGUUGCAUCAGGUUGUCCUGUAAUGCCCAGUGGUUGCACCAGGUAGCGCAGUAGGUACAGUGAUACAUUGACUUGACUUUGACAGUUCUGUUCUUAAAUCUGCUACAUCCUGAGUCUAGGGGAAAACCUAGAACCUAACUUGAUCAGAUUGUUACCCAUCUUCCCACUCCAAAGUGAAACCAGCCACCAAGUAACAUGUUUUACAAGAUUUAUUACAGUUUCAGAGGGAGAAAUAUGCAAACACAACAAACAAUCCCUCCAUCCAUCCAUUUUCUGAGCCACUUCUCCUCACUAGGGUCACAGGCGUGCUGGAGCCUAUCCCAGCUGUCAUCGGGCAGGAGGCGGGAUACACCCUGAACUGGUUGCCAGCCAAUCGCAGGGCACAUAGAAACAAACAACCAUUCGCACUCACAGUCAGGCCUACGGGCAAUUUAGAGUCUCCAAUUAAUGCAUGUUUUUGGGAUGUGGGAGGAAACCGGAGUGCCCGGAGAAAACCCACGCAGGCACGGGGAGAACAUGCAAACUCCACACAGGCGGGGCCAGGGAUUGAACCCGGGUCCUCAGAACUGUGAGGCUGACGCUCUAACCAGUCGGCCACCGUGCCUCCCCACAACAAACAAAACUAAACAACCUCAUAGGUCUGCUCUUAAAACAAUGAUGAAAAACAAAAGAGACACUCUUACCUCACUCCUAACCCAACACAGGAGAAAAGGAAAUUAACAAAAACGGCUUCUCCCUCCUACCCAUGACCAAUGGAACCAACAGUUAUGAAACCAGUGGCUGGCCAAGUUGGAAGUGGAAGAACAGUAACCCCGCAUACUGCAACCAUCUGCUGGUUAAAAAGACCUCUGGUCCCUUCUCUGGCCAAUCACCUUGUGGCAAUCACAUUAAUGCAGCUAAUCAGGGGGUCUCACCUGUUCACAAUCAGGCCACACACACAUCGCUGCACUCACUUCCACACCAAAGGGGAACAACACAACACAAAACAACCAAACAAUCAUACCACUGCUCUGAACCCUUCUUCAACCAUGAGAGGGCCAAGGAAAAGAAAAGUCGACAAUGACUCAGGAGCAGUACAUCCUGGCAGCACAGCCCAACUCCCUGCACCAACGGGGGUCGUCGGUGUGCGGAGCCCAGAUGUACCACGUGGUGGGAAUCUACGGCUGGAGGAAGAGAUGCUUGUACUUCUUCAUUCUCCUCCUUGUCGUCACCAUGAUUGUCAACCUGGCUCUGACCAUCUGGAUACUCAAAGUCAUGAAUUUCACUCCGGAAGGAAUGGGCAAUCUGCGAGUGACCAAAGAAGGGGUGAGACUGGAGGGGGUUUCUGAAUUCCUAUUGCCUUUAUACGUCAAAGAAAUCCAGUCCCGAAGGGACAGUCCAUUGAUCAUGCAGUCAGAUAGAAAUGUGACUAUCAAUGCGAGGACUGAUGACGGACAACUGACUGGUCAGCUCACAGUGGGCUCCGAAAAGGUGGAGGUCCAGUGUCAGAGGUUUGAGGUGAAGAGUGCCGAUGAAGAGAGAGUUCUUUUCUCUGCAGAUGAAAAGGAGAUCAGCAUCGGCACAGAGAAACUCAUAGUGACAGGGUCAGAAGGAGUUGUGUUUAGCCAUUCUGUACAGACGUCACACGUGAGGGCAGAGCCCUUCCAGGAUUUAAAGCUUGAAUCCCCAACUCGGACACUAACCCUGGAGGCACCCCGAGGUGUGGAGGUGAAUGCUGGGGUUGGAGACUUCACGGCGUCAUGUAGGAAAGACCUCCUGCUGCAGUCCUCAGAAGGAGAGAUCUUUCUAGACGCAAACACCAUCCGCCUGGGCAACAUUCCCCUUGGCAGUGCAGUGGACCCGCUGGAAGGUGCAGCAGCAGGUACCACCUACACCAAACAGACGGGUGUCUACGAACUGUGUGCCUGCGCUAAUGGCAAGCUCUACCUAUCCGCUGCUGAGAAAGGCUCCACCUGCCAAACAACUAGUAACUUUUGCCUCUGGAGCUGAAAGUAGGUCGACAGAGAGCAAAAAACAACAAUGGACCAUUGGAGAGAAGCUAAAGCUAGCCCACACGCUGAAUCAAUAUGGAUCAUAAUUGGCAGUAAAGCUAUAUUGUAAGCCAAGAGACCAGUUGUGAUGGAUUGUGGUAUGGCAAGUCAUAUACAGUAAAAUGGAUACGAUCUUGGCAGCACUAUCAUGGGCUUUGGAUUUGUGUCAAGACAUUUCCAGCUAAAGAACUGAAUCCACAAGGAUAAGAGCUCAGAGUGAAUGGACCACCAGCUCAAGUCACCUGGUAAAAUGGAUUGGGCCAAUACGACAUGAUAGUGAACAGAAUGGGUGAAUUUGGUGAAAUUGACACAGUAAGUUAAAGGUGUCACGCUAAGGACAUGGAUGGACAACCGUACUAGGUCGAACUAUCGAAUAUCUAUGUCCUUGUGGUUGUUAUGGUUUUAUUAGUGCGACAUAAGUGGUCAUCAGACAAAAGCAAAUCUUGAAAGCAAGUGUAGUGUUCAUGGAAUGACCAAAAAGCUAACAAAAAAUGGUAAAGACCGCAACCUCACCAGCAGGAACACGGAAAAGGACCGUGGGUUAACCUCAGCUGAGGAUCAUGUUCUCAAGCUGUGGGCAGCUCCCUCUUUUCGUUUAAUCUAAUGGGAAGCUGAGGCUAGCUACUGGACCAAGCUAUACCAGAAAGGCCUUCCCCCUCCUACCCCACUGGUAUUUUCACCCAAAUGUUAAAGUGUGACUGACCUUCCCGCAUCAAUCACAUAAUAGCGUCACUACUAAUCAAAAGAUAGCCAGUUGUGCUUCAGCCUUCACAUCAUUCACUCUGUAUAUUAUGAGAUUUUUUUUUCUCACCUGAAUUAUUCCAGUAAUUAACCCUUUCUAUUCACGAUUUAUGAUUAUUGAGGUUUAUACUUAAAACAUCUUUAGGAAUACAAGCAUCUGCGAGUACAUCAGUAGGAUUGUUGUGUAGUUCUUCCCUUUUUUUAUUUUUUUAUUUUUUAUUUUUUGGUAUGGUUUAGGCUCAGCUUACCAGCAGAUGAACAGUGGCAUGUUGUUGGUUUGACCACCACACCCAGGCAACAGUCCAACCAGAUCUUAUAAUGGACUUUAAGGGUGUGUUUACACUUGUAAUUUGGUUUUCUGGUCAGGACCAAAAAAGAAAAUAAAAACACAUGGUAUAGAUUCAUUUAGCAUUCACAGCGGCAAGACCAAAUAUUGACCAGUAUAAAGCCUAUUCAUUAAGUCAUGUUUGUGAAGUAUAAUAGACAAAUCAAUGUUUUGAAAUGUCUGAACAAAAUACAUCAUAAACUAUAGCUUGUUACCAGGCAACGUUAAGUGCAACAUGAACACAGCCUAAGAGUCUCUUCCUAUAUUCCCUUUUUCCCCAAAUAUGUUUACUGUAAUUUCUGUACAUUUUUGCUGGUAGUUUUUUGGUCUUUGUAAUUUCACUGUUUUACAAACUAUGAACCAUAGAUCAAUAUUUAUUUUCUCACCACACAUUACUUCCUAUUCCUUUUACAUUUCCCUAUUUAUCUGUUGCUCAUCUGAUAUUCUACUCCACUAAAAUGUCUUGUGACACCUCUAAAAAUUAUUUAUUCAAUGGUAGGACUAGAGUCCUUCCCCCUGAAUUCUUGAUCUUACCAACACAUUUUGGACAUUUCUAUUCGAACUUUGUAGGAAGACCCUUUUCUGUCCCGGCAUGGCAUGGUCAGAUGAGUUUUGUGUGGAAGAACCUGACUCAUCAAACAUCUUUGGGAUUAACUAUGAGCAGACCCUCAAGAAAGCUGUUUUAACUGUGACUCCAUAUUUUCUGACAUUUUUGCUGUGUCGGCCAGGUGUCCCAAUGAUUUUGUCUACAUAAUGACUUAGGGAAUACGUUUCAUCCAUUCUCGCUGACCUUUUAACAGCGCUGCAAACUAAACGAGAGAUUUCACAAAAACAUUUUGUGAUGGUUGUUUUUUUGUUUUUUUUAUGGUGGGGAAGGCGUGAUGAGAGUAUGAUGAAUAAUCCGAAUCAGUGUUAUCCCCCACACCCCAAAGGACAAUGAGCUGAAUGAGUAUGUGCUCAGUAGGAUUAAGGCCCUGAGGCUGACCGAUCGACUGACUCUGUUUUUUUACAAAAGCGAAACACAGGUGCCUUUGCUGCUGUUGGUAAAAGCACAUCCCAGUCUGGACGUUCACACUCCCCUCGGUGGACAUGUGCAAGUGUCAACCCUAUUUAUCGACCUACCUACCCAUUUCCUUUUCUGUACCCCCCUCCCUUUCCUGGGUUUGUAGUCUCAGUAUAUCCAACUUAAAAAAGAGCUACAAUCCUGGUUUUAAGUUGUUUUUUUCUGACUUGUUCUCUUAAUGAUUUUACUCUUGAUAAUAAAAAGCACAAAUGAUGCCAUGUAUAUAACAAGACCAAUAAAAUAAGAAAAUAAAUGAAGAUAUUCUUUUUAAAGCGUCUCGAGAAUCAACAGUUUUUCCUCUCUGCUCCCAUAGGAUCUGUGAUUUGUAUUCUACAUUACAUGCAAUUGAAUUCAAAACUGUACUUUUACACCCUUUCCAACCUUGAGCCAUCUUUUGAAAUUUAUCACACCUUAUUUCUUAGUAUUUAUUUCAACAACGGUUGGUUUUAGCCUCAACCUUUGGUGACUUUGGUUAAACUUAUGCUGCGUUCCUGACAUACUAUACUACAACUUCAGUAAAUUACAUCUCUAUGUCCAAUGACUUGACACACAGAUUUCACCUAACAUUUGUUCACCUAAGAUCAACAUCUGCUGUCCAUUAUUGCAUGAAAGAGAGACAACAUAGAGGGAUAAAUGAGUUUUGUUAUGGACAUAAAUGGAUUGGUGGUUGUCAUAAAAGUAUAUUACAUCUAUUAAUAACUAUUACUAUAUUUGCAUAUGUGUAUAUAUUAACAUCAGUUUAAUAUUAGGGGUUUUUCUAUAUUUUUCUAAUACCCUCAUAAAACUCAACAGCAUCGAAAAAUAACGCUAUUGUGGAUUAGUUUUCUCAGAAAAAUUAAUCUAAUCAUUAAAGCUAGUUGAUCGUAAUAAAGGUGUCCCCAAAGGUAAACAAGAUCAUUAAUCCCUAAAAAUUUAAAUUAUAAAAAACAAUCACCAAAUUAUAUUGUAGUGGACACUGCAAACUACAGAACAAUGCAUUCCAGGAGAAAAUUUUUAGAAGAUACAGGAUUUUCUUUUUUAAAGGUGAUGUAUGGAAGAUUUACAUUUUAUUUGCUUGUUUACAAAUAGUUGGAUUUAUGGAUUGCCUACCACAUCAAGUGUAAAAAUAAACAACUAAGUAAAUCUUUUGUUAACUGCCUAUUUCUGAAAAUGUGUUCUUGAGCGAUGUCGUUCUGAAUUAUAACACUGAAUUUCUCCACAGCUACACUGGGCGAAGAAUUGGCAUUUUUAAGCCAUGGCCAAAGUCCAUCCACCGGAUAACAGAGAAGCAUUAUUAUGUCAGAGCUCCAGCUUUAGCACAAAUUAGUGUUCGCUAUCAGAGUUAUCAGCAUGAGCUUUAGAUAUAGUACUCAUUCAAUUGUUCGAUUAAGUUAUCGGUGUGGGGUGAGAGGGUAUUUAUAGGUAUGUUUCAAGUGCUGAUUUUGCUGUUUAUUGAUGUUCAUUAACU